AUGACCGCCACUGCUUUGGUCCGGAAUGAUGCUCCGACUAUAGACAUCAUGUCUUCCGGAUCAGCCCCUGCUUGCUGGAGUGACACAAUAUUUAUCAAAGACUUCUUAUCAAAAGUCAAAAAAAGGAAAACUCCGGUCCUAGAUGAAGUGGUUCCUCAUGCGAAAUACUUCUUAAAUGUCUAUUACACAGGGACAGCAAAUGAGGAUCACCUAGUUACAUCUAUGCUUUGUCUCUGGUCAUACAUGAAGGUCAAUCAAAGGCCCCUAAUACCUGAUGUGAUAAAGGGCACAGACAAAUGGCCAACUGCUCCACAAUCAAUCAAGGUCACCCAGGUACCCAACAAGCGGCAUUCAACGGUCAAAUCAACAGGUCAUGGGGCAAGACCUAAAGAGAAAACAUUUGAAGGAGCCUCUGCAAUUACUAUGAGUGAGGACAAAGUUAAGAAAUUCUAUGGAGAUGUAUACGACGGGUUGGAUAAUGAAAACCUAAAGGACAUUAUGCUUAAUUACUGGGGUUCUUGGCCGGAACUAUCUGUAGGUUGGUGGUCAAGGAGGCAGAAUCUGUAG